CGGCUCGUGGGAAGACACGAACCAACUGUUAGCUGAUCUCGCGUGAGUCAGUCACAUAGGUUAUCCUGGACACUGUUGGUGAGCAUAACAAAAGCGGAGCUACGCAUGGAUAUUUGAAGUGACCCAUUUCAGUUUUAGCCCUCUCAUCUCACGUGCCAAGAAUCUCACGAGUAUCCAAAGUGAUAGUUCCUACAUUUCUAAAUACUUUCCCAUUAUGUAUUGGUGGACACCGAGGUUGCAGUCAACAUAAUGAUCAUUUCCAGACAUAGUAUGAACACCUUACAAGAUGCUGCAUUCCGGAGUUCAUGUGGAUAUCUAUAUACCAGUGCCACAGCUCCCUCAGUACCAAGCAAAGAUUGUUGUAGGACUCCUCGCCUUUGUAUGUUUUGCUAACAGCUAUGAUGGAGACUUUGUGUUUGAUGACUCUGAAGCUAUCAUCAAUAAUAAGGACCUCAGACCAGAAACUCCCCUUGGUGAUUUAUGGGAACAUGACUUCUGGGGUAGCAAACUUAGCAGCAACACUAGUCACAAGUCAUAUCGACCACUGACAGUGCUAACUUUCAGGUUUAACUACAUUUUGGCUGGAGGCCUUCACCCCAUCGGUUUCCACGCUUUUAACAUUCUUCUUCAUUGUGUAAUUUCUGUUCUAAUGGUCGAUGUCUUCUCAAUAUUGCUUGGUGGUCUGGCAUACGACAACAAAUGCAGACGAUUAAACCUAGCUCCAAAAUCCUCCCUGCUAGCUGCGUUGCUAUUUUCUGUGCAUCCAGUGCAUACGGAAAGUGUUGCAGGUAUUGUUGGUAGAGCAGAUCUCCUAUGUGCCUUCUUCUUCGUGUUGUCCUUUCUGAGUUACUGUGGAGCUUUCUUUCAGUACCACAGAGAAGGACAAUUUUCCACAGCGUGGAUUCUUCUGAGUCUUCUACUUUGUGCUUUAGCCAUGUUGUGCAAAGAACAAGGAAUCACUGUUUUGGGUGUGAAUGCUGUAUACGAUGCCUUUGUGGUCUGCAGGAUAAAUGUUUUACAACUUUUUCAGAAGACAGUGCACAGAGGUAAAGUGCUAGAAAAAUCCGAUUUUCCAAAAAGUGGGUUUAUGUUCAGAAUGUUCCUGCUUACUUUUGGUGGGCUGGCUAUGCUGUAUAUUCGAUGGAGAAUAAUGGGAACUGGUCCUCCAGCAUUUACAGAAGUCGACAAUCCAGCUUCUUUUGCCAUGAGUGUCAUUGAGAGGGCUGUAAACUAUAAUUACUACUAUGCACUGAAUGCAUGGUUGCUGCUUUGCCCCUGGUGGCUGUGCUUUGAUUGGUCAAUGGGCUGCAUACCCCUUAUUAAAUCAGUCACUGAUUGGAGAAUAAUUGCACUAGUAGCACUUUGGUUCUGCCUAAUUGGUCUAAUAUGCCAGGCUGUUUGCUCAGAAGAGAGCAAUAAGAGAAGAAUCCUGACAUUAGGACUAGCAUUACUUAUUAUCCCCUUCCUUCCAGCAAGUAACCUCUUCUUUCGUGUAGGAUUUGUCAUUGCUGAGAGAGUGCUUUAUUUGCCCAGUGCUGGGUUCUGUUUGUUGCUUACUUAUGGAGUCAACAUUUUAAGCAGACAAAUGAAAAAUAAGAAUAUCUUUGCUGCAUUGAUCUUUGGAGUUCUUUUUUGUAAUGUCUUACGCUGUAUAUUCAGGAGUGGUCAGUGGAGGUCUGAGGAACGGCUUUUUCAGAGUGCCCUCAUUGUGUGCCCUCUGAAUGCCAAGGUGCACUACAAUGUUGGCAAAAAUUUGGCUGAUAAAGGCAAUCAGACUGCUGCAAUCAAUUAUUACAGAGAAGCAGUUAGGUUAAAUCCCAGCUACGUACAUGCCAUGAACAACCUCGGCAACAUCCUUAAAGAAAGGAAUGAACUUCAGGAGGCGGAAUACUUGUUAUCCAAAGCUGUUACAAUACAGCCUGACUUUGCUGCAGCUUGGAUGAAUCUUGGAAUAGUACAGAACAGCUUAAAAAGAUUUGAAGAGGCAGAAAAAAGCUACUGGACAGCAAUUAGGCACAGAAAAAAGUACCCAGACUGCUACUAUAAUCUAGGACGUCUGUAUGCAGAUCUGAAUCGUCAUGUUGAUGCUCUAAACGCUUGGAGAAAUGCCACUGUCCUCAAACCUGAUCACAGUCUAGCAUGGAACAACAUGGUAAUUUUGCUGGACAAUACAGGUAACUUGGCACAGGCAGAAACGGUUGGCAGAGAUGCUCUGAAACUGCUUCCUGAUGACCACACAAUAAUGUUUUCUUUGGCAAAUGUACUGGGAAAACUUCAGAAAUAUAAGGAAUCUGAACUCCUGUUUCUUAAAGCUCUUAAAGUCAACCCAAAUGUAGCAAGCUAUCAUGGAAAUUUAGCUGUGCUUUAUCAUCGCUGGGGAAAACUCGACUUAGCCAAGAAACACUAUGAGGUCUCUCUGAAGCUUGACCCUAUGGCACCAGGGACAAAAGAAAACUUCAGCCUUCUUAAAAGAAAACUGGAACAACUGCAGAAGAAGGGCCCAGCCUGAUUUUUCUGUAACUUUUUGUACUGCAUGCUUUAAAUUUGUUUACAUGACCACUUUCAGUCGUGUAAGACUUGUCUUCUUACACUAUUAAAAUGCUAGAGCACCAGCAAAACUUAAAACUUGAAUAGGAAUGCUGUAUUUAUGUCAGUGUAUGAUAAUAUAUGUUGGAAUGUUCAUUUUCUAUUACUGCGGUUACUGUUUGUAGAUGUAAGCAGCUGAUUAUGCAUCGAAUGUGUAAGACAAUUUUCUAGUAGCUGCUGAUGUUUUUAAGACUGACAGUGUUCUGUUAAUCAGGAGAGCAGUUAAGCCUGUAAUUUAUCUUUGAGUGUAUGCAGUGUGUGUGUGUGUGUGUGUGUGUGUGUGUGUGUGUGUGUGUGUGUGUGUGUGUGUGUAUGUUGGGGGAGUAGAAGACAAUAUACUACCUGUAUCCUGACAGUUGGUCUGCAGUGAUCCCCAGGUUUUACCAUCUAGGGAACAUAUAUGCUGAUGUCAUAUGUAGCACUAGAUCAUCACUUUACAGUGCUAACUGAUCUUAGUCCAAAGAAACCAGAGGCUGUGAUGAAUCCUAACAUUCAGCAGUGAUUGCAGUUAUGGUCAAAAAGGCUUAAUAUGUGCAUAAAAUGCAGUAUGCGGUAGGUGUCUGGAUAAUGAGAGGAGUUUCCAUAUUUGUGCACCAUUUUCCAUGAAGAGGAACUUCGCAUUUUGAGAAAGAAUUUAAUACUUCCAUAUUUUAUAGUGAAAACUGACAGAUGUAAUCCUAUCCUAAGUGCUCCUAGGAGUAAUACAGCUACAUACACAAGGGGCCAUUGUGCGAGCACAGUUGAUGCCCUUCCAUUUCACUGUUGCAGUAUUUUUUACAAUAGGAAUUCCCUGCCAAGGGCGGCCCAACAUCGAGCCAGUAUACCAAAGCCUGUAGAUUGUUUUAAGGCAUGCUGUACAUCACACGUAUGCUCCCUGCAUAUAGUUUAGGGCAUAAAGGUGAUGUCCGGAUGUACCAUCUUCAGAACUUCUCUGCUGCCAGUUUGAACGCCAUCUUUUGAUUGUUGGUCUGAAAGCUUGAGUUGUUGCAGGUUCACCAAGCCGUUUCAGAUGAGUGCCACACUGGGGCUUUUGCUCUUACUUUUUUCUUUUUGAUUGUUUGCUUCUAGGGUUUCAUGUCAUCCAGAAAGGGUAAAUGCCAGUCUGGAAGAUAGAUUCCCCAUAAAGACCAUCAUGAGCACUGCUUGUUUUGUCUCGGCAUGUCCCACGACCAUACGUCCUACUCCAUUUGUCAGGGUUUCAUCCCAAAGAUACUCCAUAGUCAGCUUUCUUCUUUGGCCCUGUAUUUAGAGAACCAACUUCUUAAGCUUUUAGCAAAAUACACUAUGGAGGGAACUCCCCAUUGUGAGGUUAAGCCAUCUGUGAAGAAGAAGGCCAAGAAGUGUAUGUCCAAUUUUUCUGCUGUACCGUCUCUGCUGGAUGUCUCUACCAAGACAAGUAAAAGCCUGGAGGAUCACCCGGCUUAUCUAUUGGAUUCCUCUGUCAUUACCACUUCAGAGGUCAGCAUAGAUCCACUGUCAUGCAUGUCCUUGGUGGCUUUGCGGAUAUCCGUUACUGAUGUUCAGGGGGAACCACGACUAAUUAUUACAGAAGGAACUAGGGGUACUCCUCAAAAUUUUGCUAGAGAGGAAGGUCCAAUUACAACUGUGGAAUGUCACCAGAUAUCUGAACCUUCUAAGUUUUACAGGGCAGACAUCCCUUUUAAAAAGAAACAAAAAAAAAACAUGUUUCUCCUGCUCCUAAGGACCCUCAGAGUGAAUGGCUGAAUUUUACUCAGGGUUUGUUUAAUCCCCUUAUGGCUUUGAAUCCUCUUCAAGGAGUUUCUGUUCCUGCUCCACCUUGGUCCUCUGUUCCUCUAAAAGGCCUAUGGAACAGGAUUCCUCUGCGGAAGAGGUGGAUUCAGAUGAGGAAUUCCUUGCUUAUUCAUCCCGGAUUCCUUCUGCUUUAGAUUAUGGUAAUGAAGAGGAGGAGUCCAGUAGUCCUGACAAUGAAAAGAUUUCCUUCAGGAGCACAAUUUCCAGGAUGAUGGAUUUUUUUAAAUGGGAUUGUGCCCAGCUUUCUGAGGUGCAGAAGAGGUACUACGAAUUUUUGCAAAUGGACUUUCCCAGAGCUUCCACUCUGCCUUCUGUUUUGGCUGCUUUAUUAGAUGCCUUUUCUACUGCAUCUCAGGCUCCAGAUUCCUAGCCCCCUGCUUCCAAAAAACCUGACAGGUUUUAUAGGGUGCCUGAGGAUUGAAGAUUCCUAUAAAGAUGUCUUCCAGCUGACCCUUAUGUGGUGUCUGUGGCAUCCGAUAAGCCAUCUGACUUGUUGCCCUCUACAAAACUUCUUCCUUUAGAUAAAGGCAGCAGGACUAUGUAAAGGAUAGGUAAGAAAGUUUAUACCUCUGUUACCUUGGCCUUUAGAGCUGUCACUUAUAAGACCCAUAUGUCCAGAUACAUUUUGGCUCUUCUUUCUUAGGCCUGUCAUGUAAUUUCUGACCUUCUUGACUCUAAAGGGAAGACUCCUGAUCUCUUCUUGUUGGGCACCUCUUUUCAAGUGGCUCACCAUUCUAUUAAGUGCAGUUAUGAUACAACAGGUGCUUCUUUCAGGGCUGCAGCUUUUGGUUCUGUGAUUAGGAGUUAUUCCUGGCUUUGACUUCACCCUUUACCUGAUGAUAUUAAGGCUAAGUUGAUGGAUGCUCCUCUGGAUAACAAACACUUAUUUGGUGCAGCUGCUGUGGAUUUGUUUAAGUCUUUCCAAGAUAAGGGCAAGGUUUUUCAGGAACUUAAACAUAUUUUUGUUUCUCCUGUGCCAAACUUUCAAAGACGUUAUCCUAAUAAUCCGGCCUUUGUAUGUAGACAGUCUUGCCCUCAUCCCAAGGUAAAAUAGCUCCUCCUGAUAGAGCUACCCAGACUCCUGUAACCCAGCAGUCUCCUUUUCCUGACAAACAAGGUGCUGUCUGACUGUCGUGAUGUUAUUCGUGUUUCACUGUUGCAGUCCUAACAUAAGGGUUAUCCGGCUCCUGAUAGCCCUCAGUCGGCCCAAAUACCAGAGUCCUUGGUAUAUGACGUCGGCUGCCAUUGGUUGUAAAUGUCAGGUAUAAAGGAAGUCGACCAUCAUCAUUUCCUCAGUCUUUCUUGCCGCGGAGGCUGAAGCUGAUGCAAUUCGCACUAGUGCCGGUCGGCCGUUUACCUUCUUUCUGCAUUCCGACUACCAAGUUGAAGACACCUUCA